UGAUUACCCGACAGGUUUCGCUCCUUUUCUGUCAUUCACAACUUGCGAUGGGAGGAAGGGAGGAAUUGAAGGGUAGCAUCGACUGCUAUCCUUGUUAUCCGCUCUUUGAUACUCGUUGCUCUUGCAUACUGUUCGCGCGUCGUUAUUCAUACCUGAAAGUCACAUACGGCAACAGCUUCCGUUCAAUGCUAGAAUCGACGAAUUACCACUGGCUUCUUGAACUUGGCGACUUACUCCCAUGUAUCUGAGAAGUCCGAUAUUUAAGGGCACUCGUUUAGACCGGACGCAGUGCAAACACACCUGCAACUCCCUUCCGCUCCUCAUUCCGUGAACAUGCUGUCAUUACGGGAGGCAAAUAUUAUUUCGACAACGAUGGAGGCCAUGCUCUAUGGUUUCUCGCUACUCAUGUUCAUGCUCACGAUGUGGAUAUUGUUGCGGAACCGUCGGAGGCGGCGUUUGAACUACGGAAUGAUAGUUGCAGCGUGUUCAUUACAAUUAUUAGCGACAGCGGAACUCAUUGCGAACAUCGUUCAUCUCUGCCAAGGGUUUCUCAAUAUCGGCCCUGAACUACCCGGCGGACCAGAAGCGUUCUUUGGCGACAUUACCCAACCCGUUUGGAUCUUUAAAAGCUGUCUUUACAAUGUUCAGACGCUCAUUCUCGACGGUGUUGUCAUUUAUCGUACUUACGUUGUCUGGAAGAAGCUAUACAUAAUAGUUAUCCCGGUACUGGGCUGGCUCACGUUACUUGCCUCGAGUAUUCGCCUUAAUAUCGCCUUUACCAACGCCGCCGAGCAUAAGGACGAUGUAUUUGCAAAAGAGACUGGUGAUUGGGUCCUCAUAGUCUAUUCCUUGACGCUGGUUACGAAUGUAACUGCGACUAGCCUUCUCGCAUAUCGCAUUUGGCGGGUGAAUCGGGAGGUCUCGAGGUACAGAGCUUCUGGCCGACUUGCCUCUGUCCUUCGAGUCAUCAUUGAGUCUGGGGCAAUAUACUCUAUGACCAUCAUUGCAGCACUGGUAACGUUUGUCGUCAAUUCGCCAGGUGUCUACGUUCUCCUUGAUAUGAUCUCGCCGAUUAUCUGCAUUGUCUUCAAUAUGAUCAUCAUCAGAGUUGGGUUUGCCACUGACAGACGCCUACCUGUUGUCAACACCACGGUACAAGGUACAACGAUAGACCCCUCCAGCCAAAACGGUAAUGUUCGAGUCCGACCGAGCUCAAGUUAUCCUGCAAAUUCUCGCUUUGAAAUGAAAUCCUUGGCUGUCGAAAUUACUCAGUACAUCGAGACGGAUGCUGAUACAUCUUCCGUUGCUGACAUCGAGCGAAAGUCUAACAGCAGGCUGAUCGACGAUACUGUUGGCUCAUCACCCGUCACACCAACAGAUUCUCCAGGCCGAUCCUGACUUUACACGGCACCCCUUUUCGUUCCUUACGUAUAUACCCGUGGCCAGGCUCAUUCACACCGUCUCUUUCCUGGCCCGCUUACGAUCUAAUAAACCCGGACGUUCUUUAACCAUCAUGCGCAUCCAUUCUCGGUCCUCCUCACUACGACUGACCUUGUAGUGCGUCGUCAUGUCAAUCUGAUUCGCUUUCAUCUCUCAGCAGCAUUUCCGGCUGCUUUCCACAUUGCGGACCAUUAACAUCAGGCCACUUCUAAC